CUGGGCCCCUCCCCCCUCCUCCUCGCGAGCUCCGCCGACUAGAGGCAGAAGUGCAGAGAAGCUGCUCAGAGCGCGCGCGGCUACGCGGACCGACGGCGCGAUUUUACGACUCGCACGCGAAAGAAGACGCCUUUAUAUUUUUGUUGGGGUUUUUUUUGGUGACCGGUUUUCAUUAUUAUUAUUAUUAUUAUUAUUAUUAUUAUUAUUAUUAUUAUUAUUAUUAUGUGUGUGGGUGGAUUCGCAUUUCUAACGUGAGCCGUGCGUACGUCUCCGCGUGCCCGUUCAGCGCGCACACGACCGGACACGUCGCGAGGACGAGGACACGGGGUUUUUGGAAGCGGACGAGAUCUCUCUGUCGUUCCCCCGGUCCAGGCGCGCGCCUCCUCCCCUCCUUCAUCCCUCCAUCCCAGUCAUCCGCAGCGCAUCUUGUCGCGCUCGCGACUUCCCGAAGGACAGACCGAAAGCGCUCGAGCGCAUCAGAAUUUUGUUAUUUUUCUGACGUUUUCAACCGGAAGCUCGAACUUCUCGUCUCGGACCGUACACCUUUAGGACUCACUGAGCUCCGGGGUUUCAAGGCUAACGUUUUACAAAAAAACAAAAAACAAACAAACAAAGAAACAAACAAAAAAAAAAAAACCGGGGGAUUAAUUUUGCCCUGGUGAAAAAAAAACAGCGUGACGCAUGGUGGGAAUUUCUGCCUCUUUUCAGUAUCGCACUGAGAAGCCCUCCACCAUGCCCGACUCGCCCGCCGAUGUGAAAGCACAGCCCAGGUUAACUCCGCCCACCAUGCCUCCACCACCCGGCACACAAGGAGCCCCCAGAACCAGCUCGUUCACUCCCACGACACUAACGAACGGCACCAGUCACUCUCCCACCGCACUGAACGGCGCUCCCUCGUCCCCAAACGGCUUCAGCAACGGUCCUUCGUCCUCUUCCUCCUCUUCGCUGGCCAAUCAGCAGCUCCCACCGGCGUGCGGCGCUCGGCAGCUCAGCAAGCUGAAGCGCUUCCUUACCACGCUGCAGCAAUUCGGCAACGACAUCUCGCCUGAAAUCGGGGACCGCGUGCGCACACUUGUACUGGGUCUCGUGAACUCCACGUUAACUAUAGAAGAAUUCCACUCCAAGCUGCAAGAAGCAACCAACUUCCCUCUCCGACCUUUUGUCAUCCCGUUUUUGAAGGCCAACCUGCCGUUACUGCAGCGAGAGCUUUUGCACUGCGCACGCCUGGCCAAGCAGAACCCGGCGCAGUACCUGGCCCAGCACGAGCAGCUGCUACUCGACACCAGCAUCACGUCUCCCGUCGACUCGUCCGAGCUGCUGAUGGACGUCAACGAGAACGGCAAGAGGAGAACACCGGACAGAACCAAAGAGAACGGUUUCGAGAGGGAGCCUCCACACACUGAGCACCCGAGCAAGCGACCCUGCACCAUCAGCCCAGGCCAGCGUUUUAGCCCCUCCAACGGGCUUUCGUACCAGCCCAAUGGCCUUCCUCACACCGCUCCACCGCCCCCGGGGCACUACCGGCUCGACGAGAUGGCUAUCGGGCACCAUUACAGAGACUCGUACCGUCACACCAACCACCGGGAGAUCCGCGAGCGCCCUCGGCCCAUCGGGAUGCACAGUGGCACGCGGCAGGAAGAAGUCAUCGAUCACAGACUCACGGACCGAGAAUGGGCCGAGGAGUGGAAGCACCUUGACCAUCUGCUCAACUGCAUCAUGGACAUGGUAGAAACGCGGCGCUCGCUCACCGUGCUCAGGCGGUGUCAAGAGGCGGACCGCGAGGAGCUCAACUACUGGAUCCGGCGUUACAGCGAUGCAGAAGACCUGAAGAAGGGCUCCAGCAGCAGCAGCAGUAGCAGCAGCAGUAGCCAGUCGAGGCAGCAGAGCCCCGCAGGGCAGGACACCAAUCCUGCAGAGAUUCACCGGGAGGUCCUCCACAGACCUGUAUCUGGCUACGUUCCUGAGGAGAUCUGGAAGAAAGCAGAAGAGGCGGUGAACGAGGUGAAGAGGCAAGCCAUGUCCGAACUGCAGAAAGCCGUGGCCGAUGCGGAACGCAAGGCUCACGAGAUGAUCAGCACCGAACGCGCCAAGAUGGAGCGCACGGUGGCCGAGGCGAAGAGGCAAGCUGCGGAGGACGCGCUGUCCGUUAUCAACCAGCAGGAGGACUCAAGUGAGAGCUGCUGGAAUUGCGGACGCAAGGCAAGCGAGACGUGCAGCGGGUGCAACACGGCGCGCUACUGCGGCUCCUUCUGCCAGCACAAAGACUGGGAGAAGCACCACCACGUGUGCGGCCAGACGCUGCAGGCACAGCAGCAGGGCGAGACGCCUAGCACGGCCAGCUCCUCGGGCACUCCCAGCAGCAGCGCUGGCAGCCCCGACGAUACCCCCUCGGCCGCCGCCACGCCACGCUCGGACACGCCUGGCACGCCGUCGGCGUUAGAGCCUGCGCCGCGCUAGAGCCAAAUCCGUCAAACCGCCGGGGGGACCGCCUCGCCUCGCCUCGCCUCGCUUGCUUCGACAUGCUAAUUCGGACAUGCUAACCGAGAAAAAAGCGGACUAGCAAUGGACCGGCAGAGCGAUCGCUCCGUAUCGGGUCAUAUUGACCUGCUAUGGCAGAGAACACAAAGAUAUUCUUUGGGUUUUUUUUGUUUGUUUUUUAAAAACAAAACAAAUCCUCACCGUCCUUUAACAACGCGCCCCCUUGCUACUAAAGAUUAUUUUUACGUGUUUCCUGUAAAUACGCCUGUUGUCCGUUGUCGCCGUUUUUUUUGCUCCAGCGCUCCUUUUCCUCUCCGCCAGCCGGGAUACGAAACUAGUCGACCUCAACGAAACGAAAGACACUUUACCAAAACCAAGGGAUUUACUUCAUCGCUCUUGUACACACACAAAAAAACGCGAUUAUGCGAUUAUAAGACAGACCGAGAAAGAAAGAAAACUAAAAGAACCUGAGGGGAAGCAGGAAAAAAAAAUAGGCAUCAGGGCAGGACACGGUGGAGGUGGAGUUAGAGGUGGAGCUCGUGAACUCGUGCAGCAGAUUGUGAAGGAACGCAGAUGUUCGCCUUUUUUUCCUCACGCGUCUGCAAGACUUUCAACGCUCUUCAGGUCAGUGGGCCGAGGAAAUAAAAGUCUGGUUUUUUUUUUUUGUUGUUUUUUUUCUCGCAGAGGAAUGUAGACACCAGAGGACCUCGAUGAGCAUCGGCUCCUGAGAAGGAAGUGAAAAAACAUCAUCAGGCAACCCAAAAGCAUGAGGGCUUGAAAUGUUCCUCGGCUCCCGCACCCUCAAUGUAUUUUAUUUUCUUUCUUUCGAACAUUUCCGUCCCAUCCCGUCUCUCUGAUGCUUAUUUAUUGUACGUGUAUUGGACAAGAAUUGUGAUGCAUAAAAAAAAGGACAAAAAAAGUAGGCCCAUUCUUCUAGCUGGUGCAAGAACAUUGCAGAUAUUGAGCAUAUCGCGAGCUGCUUUCCUGUUUGUAAGUGUUUGUGGUAGUUCCUUAGUAGAUGUUUGAGACACACACACAAAAAAAUCCCGUCGUCCUCUAAUCGAAGGAGACAAAAGCUAUCUCUCAGAGCUGCUGCUUCAAUCUAACGCCGAUCUUUUUUUUUUUUUUCUUUUUUUUCUGAGAACUAGCAUGUUCCCCGGAAUGCUAACAUUAAUGUUGCGAACAUAAUCGUAUUUGCACUGUCACCGCGACGUUUCCUUUCAGCAUGCUUUUUUUUUUCCCGCUAGAAAACCCAGUCUCACCUCACCGACUCCGCAGUGCUUUUUUUUUUACGUGUCUGUGAUUUUUUUUUUUUUUUAAAGGGGAAAAAAAUACACACAAAAAAGUCCUGCUUUUGUUCAUUCCUUUGUCUCGGAAAAGCAAAAAAAAAUGUUUUUUUGCUUUGAAUAGUGCAUGCACGUUACUGAAUGUUGGAGUAUAUGUUCUUUUUGUUUUGUUUUAUACAAAAAAAAACGUAUAAAGAAAAAAAAAAAUGUAUUCUACGAAUCGAAACUUUUCCAAAUGCAAAAGGGGUAAACAGACAGCUUUAAGACUGCAAAGCACCAGGUUACACAGUAUUACAAAUACAAAAAAAACAAACGAAAAAAAAAAGAAUUAACAAUGGAAGACAGCCAAAGACCGACACAAAGGACCAAAACUCUGAUUUCAAACGUAAAAAAACAUCCAACGCACCAUCGAUUUUAUCCGAGAGUUCGUCAGGGGGGGAAAAAAACUUUUAUUUUUUCUGUCAAAAAAGCCGAGACCAGCGCUGCUCAGCCUGGACGGGAGAAAAGCGACGUCACGUGUGACCCGGCGAGCAAUAAUCCACACGUGAAUGAACAAUAGCGAGAGAGGUUUCACCCAGAAUUCAAUGCGUUCGGACUCGACUAGCAGCACUUACACGCAUCUCUGACGCGUACCAUCAGCCGACAGGGUCCAGUCGAGCCAUGCAGUUCACGGAGGAUCCAUAGUGGGGCGCUAUCUCUUUUUUUUUCCCCCCCGAACCCUUGGUGCUAAACAUCCACCUUUGUUUCUCUCUUAUUCUGACCUAGAAUUUUUUUGUUUUUACAUCCAGUCGCUAAUAUGGACGGUGUAAUCAGGGCGGACCCUGGAACAUCUCUUUUGGUCUGUACUUUUUUUUUUUGUUCUCC